GACAUGCAUAAGGAAGAUGGCGGUAGGCGUUCCAGAAAGUUUGUUUAUAUUUUUGAAAUGGUAAAAUCUCCAACAAACAAUUAAUUUAUUUGAUAAAAGAUGGAAAUUGAAGUAAUUGUGGAGAGUCAUCUCCCUUCAGGAAGUCCACAAGGGACCAGGAGAAUCCAUCUUCCUUCUGACUCGUCCGUGGAGUACCUACUGAAUAAGUUGUGCACUGAUUCGGGAAUUCCGUUUACUUCCAACUACUGCCUGCGAAAUGCUCGGAACAUGGUGCUGGACAGAAAGAAAACCCUCCAUGACAGUGAUGUCAUCACUGGUAGCGUUCUACGAUGGACCACUGAAUCUACUAUGCACAAAGUUGUCCACUGUCAUUUUAACACUUGGUGCUUUAUGUCGGUUCUUGCUUUCUUCAUCGGUGCGGCAGGAUUGAUUGCUGUUGGUGUUAUCAAAUCAAAAGAAAACACUCAUUUGUUUCAGUUCGGAAUUGUCUUCGAUGCAGGAUCAUCCCACACCUCCAUGUACAUUUACCGCUGGGAAGGAAGUAAAACAAACAACACUGCGAUAGCAUCUCAGUUCACUGAAACAGUGAGGCCACACUUUCCUGGGCUGGCUAGUUUGACCAACGACCUCCAGUCAGUUCACGAUGUUAUAACUCAGUGUUUAGACAAAGCUAAAGAACGAAUUCCAUCCCAAAAAUACAAGGACACUCCAGUAUAUCUCGGUGCUACGGCUGGCAUGAGGCUUUUACAUGAAAGCAACAGUUCAGCUAGUAAGUUGGUUCUGAAGGCUGUGCGAGACUCCAUCUCGAAAUAUCCGUUCAAAUUCAACCAAAGUUUGGCCCGGAUUAUCAGUGGUGCUGAAGAGGGAACGUUUUCCUGGAUAACUGGCAACUACGUCAUGGGAGUCUUCCAUGUGACUCCACCAGCAAAAAUUAUUGAAUCUACCAAAAAGAUUAAAACAUUUGGCGCGUUAGAUUUAGGCGGAGCAUCAACGCAAAUCACAUUUGUACCUCGGGAUAUGAAGAUGCCUGCGAACUACAGCUACGAUGUGAAACUGUACGGCCAUGAACACAGGGUCUACUCUCACAGCUUCUUGUGUUACGGCGUCAACGAAGCUUUGAGACGACUGCGUGCAGAACUAGUUCGGGAACAGAACUACAGCUCGACAAUCUACAACCCGUGCUUGCCGAAAGGUUUCAACACCACCGUGUGGAACCACACAGAUAUUUUUUAUUCAUGGUGUGUGUCUGGCUUUCAUGCCCAACAAGCAUUUGGUUCUGAUAUUGUACCCAGUGAAGAUGUUGAUAAGAAUGUUUCGUAUGUAUUUAAAGGAGAGAGCAAUGCUACAAAAUGUCAAGCUCUCGUUCGAAAGAAUCUGUUCAACUUCAAAAAGUGCCGAUUUCCCAGUUGUUCAUUUAAUGACCAGUUUCAGCCACCAGUAAAUGGCAACUUUUACGCAUUUUCUUCAUUUUAUUAUGUGACGAGCUUCCUAAACCUGACAGAUGGGACGAGACAGUUUAGUAUGGAAGACUUCCAGAAGACUUUGUCAUCAUUAUGCGACAAAACCUGGGCAGAGGUGGAACAAAUGGUGGCUGUACAAAAUCAGUCCAAGCCAUAUUACUGUUUCCAAGCAACCUUUAUUAAUAUAUUGCUCACCAAAGGAUAUAAGUUUAAUUCUACGAAUUGGCACACACUGAAAUUUGUCCAGAAGCUGGCUGGCACGGAUGUGGGAUGGUCUUUGGGCUUCAUGCUUCAAGAGAGCAAUGGGAUUCCUGCGAAAACGGUGAAAGUUUUAAUAUCUACGCUGACUUUUUCUCUUCUCUUGGCUCUGUUUGUCAUCUUCAUUCUCCUUGCAGUCGGCUUUGCCAUCCACUCCAGAAAACAACAAAGACUUGAACGCAGUCAGCAGUAUCGAAAGCUACCAGAGUAUGGCAGUUUGUAGUUGGAAGGGUGACCGUGUUGUUACUCUGGUUGUAUAUGAAGGGUUCAUUUCCAACUUUUCAAUAAAUCCAUCUACGUCAUUUUGAGAAAAACAUGGUUUCGCUGAGACAUGACGUAGUGUAUGUCUCACGAACCACAGUUUUAAGAUUCUGUUUAAUUCUGUUGAAUCACAUUUUGAUGGAUAUUCUAUCAUUGUAUCGCUGAGUUGUACUAAUUUAAGUAUGUCUUCAUUGUUGACUCUAAAAUUUUGAAAUUAGUUAAUAUUACAUUUUGGAAAUUAACUCUUCAUAUGCUCAAGAUGGGCAAUUUUAUUUUUACAAUUAGUUAUAAUCAAUAUGUUUGUGUGGGUUUUUUAAAAGUAAAAUUUAACAAAUGCAAAUCACAUUAUUUUAAUGGGUAAAUGUAAACUAAGUGUCAAGAAAGUCAAUGUUAUGAAUGAGGUCGGGCCUAUUUUAUUUUAUAGAUGUAAGGGGAGGUAAUGCAGUAGUUAUUUAAUUUAAUUUAAAAAAAAAUUAUAUAAAGGUUUGAUUAAAGUAUUGCUUUACAUGGAAUGGAGAGUUGGAUGUUGUCUCUUGACAGUGGUCAUGUUUCUGUAUAAAUUAUGAUACAAAUUAUUUCUGCAAUUUUCUUAUAUUAGUAUUGUACGAUUAUCUCAAGCCAGGUUUAAAUUAGAUCAUUCAUUUCAUUUCAACUUAUUUUCGUGCUUAUAUCCAAUUAAGGUUCAAGCACGCUGUCCUGAACACACACCUCAGCUAUCUGGGCUGUCUGUCCAGGACAGUUUGUUAGUGGUUGGUAAGAGAGAGAGAAGAGGGUGUAGUGGCCUUACACCUACCCAUUGAGCCCAUAAGAACUCACUCUGGUGUUGGAGCUGGUACCAAACUGCGAACCCUGUACCUACCAGCCUGUAGUUUGAUGGCUUAAACAGAUUGUGUAGGCCAUACACCAUUGAGAUCAUUUUAUUAGAGGAGGACUCCACUAUAAGAUACAAUGAAACUUUGUUUUAGGGUGUGGGUUUUUUCAGUAAAUAGAAUGCCCCAGAAAUAUGUUAUGAUAGUGUCAGGGUUGAGGCCCUAAAUUCACUACCUUACAAAGUACAUAGUAAACAAUAUACUAAUACAUGUAUAUAAAAAAAAGAGCAGUGACAAAAGUGGAAAUAAAAAGAAGAUUGAAAGGAGAAAAUGAAAUUAUAGAUAUACUUCCAAACUGGCGUCGUACUUAAAAUUAUAUAUAUAUAAUAAUCAAAAAGUGUAUGUUUUUCUCUACAUGACAGGCUUGUUUCGUGAGAGAGUUGAAUUAUUGCUCUCACUCAUCAGAUGUAGAUUUAAUUACA